GCGGACCGGGCGCCAGCUCCUGUCAGUCGGUGGGUCGGUCCUCCCGCCGGCCCUCCCCCUCCGCGUCCUCCGGGGGAGGCGCGGCGGAGUCCGCCCCCGGGAUCCCCCCCGAUGGGGGAGAAGCGGCGACGGCGGCAGCGGAAUAACCGAGCCGGCGCGUGAGCGGCCCCGGGGCCCGGCUGCCCGCGGAGGCCAUGGGCGACCCAGCCCCCGCCCGCAGCCUGGACGACAUCGACCUGUCCGCCCUGCGGGACCCCGCUGGAAUCUUUGAACUGGUGGAGGUUGUGGGCAAUGGAACUUACGGGCAGGUGUACAAGGGUCGGCACGUCAAGACUGGGCAGCUGGCUGCCAUCAAGGUCAUGGACGUCACGGAGGACGAGGAGGAGGAGAUCAAGCAGGAGAUCAACAUGCUAAAGAAGUACUCUCACCACCGCAACAUCGCCACCUACUACGGGGCCUUCAUAAAGAAGAGCCCCCCCGGAAACGACGACCAGCUCUGGCUGGUGAUGGAGUUCUGCGGCGCCGGCUCCGUGACAGACCUGGUGAAGAACACAAAAGGGAACGCCCUGAAGGAGGACUGUAUCGCCUACAUCUGCAGGGAGAUCCUCCGGGGCCUAGCCCAUCUCCACGCCCACAAGGUGAUCCAUCGAGACAUCAAAGGGCAGAACGUGCUGCUGACAGAGAACGCCGAGGUCAAGCUGGUGGAUUUUGGGGUGAGUGCCCAGCUGGACCGUACUGUGGGCAGGCGGAACACUUUCAUCGGGACCCCCUACUGGAUGGCCCCGGAGGUCAUCGCCUGUGACGAGAACCCUGAUGCCACCUACGAUUACAGGAGUGACAUCUGGUCUCUAGGAAUCACAGCCAUCGAGAUGGCAGAGGGAGCCCCCCCUCUGUGUGACAUGCACCCCAUGCGAGCCCUCUUCCUCAUCCCACGGAACCCACCCCCCAGACUCAAGUCCAAGAAAUGGUCUAAGAAGUUCAUCGACUUCAUCGACACGUGUCUCAUCAAAACCUACCUGAGCCGCCCACCCACGGAACAGCUGCUCAAGUUCCCCUUCAUCCGUGACCAGCCCACAGAGCGCCAGGUCCGCAUCCAGCUCAAGGACCACAUCGACCGCUCCCGCAAGAAGCGAGGCGAGAAGGAGGAGACGGAGUAUGAGUACAGUGGCAGCGAGGAGGAAGACGACAGCCAUGGAGAGGAGGGGGAGCCGAGCUCCAUCAUGAACGUGCCCGGGGAGUCCACCCUGCGCCGGGAGUUCCUCCGGCUCCAGCAGGAGAAUAAGAGCAACUCGGAGGCUCUGAAGCAGCAGCAGCAGCAGCAGCAGCAGCAGCAGCAGCAGCAGCAGCGGGACCCCGAGGCGCACAUCAAGCAUCUCCUGCACCAGCGCCAGCGGCGCAUCGAGGAGCAGAAGGAGGAGCGGCGGCGCGUGGAGGAGCAACAGCGGCGGGAGCGGGAGCAGCGGAAGCUGCAGGAGAAGGAGGAGCGGCGGCUGGAGGACAUGCAGGCGCUGCGGCGGGAGGAGGAGCGGCGGCAGGCGGAGCGCGAGCAGGAAUAUAUUCGUCACAGGCUAGAGGAGGAGCAGCGACAGCUCGAGAUCCUUCAGCAACAGCUGCUCCAGGAACAGGCCCUGCUGCUGGAGUACAAGCGGAAGCAGCUGGAGGAGCAGCGGCAGUCCGAGCGCCUGCAGAGGCAGCUGCAGCAGGAGCACGCCUACCUCAAGUCCCUGCAGCAGCAGCAGCAGCAGCAGCAGCAGCUGCAGAAGCAGCAGCAGCAGCAGGCCCCGCCCACAGACCGGAAGCCGCUGUAUCACUACGGCCGGGGCGUCGGUCCCGCGGACAAGCCCGCCUGGGCGCGCGAGGUGGAAGAAAGAACGAGGAUGAAUAAGCAGCAGAACUCUCCCCUGGCCAAAACCAAGCCCGGCGGCGCAGGGCCUGAGACCCCCGUCCCCCAGGCCUCCCCCGGGCCUGCGGGCCCCCUUUCCCAAACUCCUCCUAUGCAGAGGCCGGUGGAGCCCCAGGAGGGACCGCACAAGAGCCUGGUGGCACACCGGGUCCCACUGAAGCCAUAUGCAGCGCCCGUACCCCGAUCCCAGUCCCUGCAGGACCAGCCCACCCGAAACCUGGCUGCCUUCCCGGCCUCCCACGAGCCUGACCCUGCCGUCCCCACACCCACUGCCGCGCCCGGCACCCGAGGAGCGGUCAUCCGCCAGAAUUCAGAUCCCACCUCGGAAGGGCCUGGCCCCAGCCCGAAUCCCCCAUCCUGGGUCCGGCCGGACACUGAGACCCCACCCAAGGUGCCUCAGAGGACCUCGUCCAUCGCCACUGCCCUUAACACCAGUGGGGCCGGAGGGGCCCGGCCGGCUCAGGCCGUCCGUGCCAGACCUCGCAGCAACUCCGCCUGGCAAAUCUAUCUGCAAAGGCGGGCCGAGCGGGGCUCCCCCAAGCCUCCGGGGCCCCCCGCUCAGCCCCCUGGUCCGCCCAACGCCUGUAGUAACCCCGACCUCAGGAGGAGCGACCCUGGCUGGGAACGCUCAGAAGGUGCCCUCCCCUCGCAUGGGCACCUGCCCCAGGCUGGCUCGCUGGAGCGGAACCGCGUGGGAGCCUCCUCCAAGCUGGAUAGCUCCCCAGUGCUCUCCCCUGGGAACAAAGCCAAGCCUGAUGACCACCGCUCCCGGCCGGGCCGGCCCGCAAGCUAUAAGCGUGCCAUCGGCGAGGACUUCGUGCUCCUGAAGGAGCGGGCCCUGGACGAGGCCCCGCGGCCUCCCAAGAAGGCCAUGGACUACUCGUCUUCCAGCGAGGAGGUGGAAAGCAGCGAGGACGAGGAAGAAAGCAAUGGCGAGCCAUCAGAGGGGAGCAGAGAUACCCCUGGGGCCCGGCAGGACCUGGGGACUGAUGGCCGUUCUCUGUCCUGUGGCAGCGACGGAGACACAGACAGCGUCAGCACCAUGGUGGUCCAUGACGUGGAGGAGAUCGCGGGGACCCAGACCCCCUAUGGGGGCGGCACCAUGGUGGUCCAGCGCACUCCUGAGGAGGAGCGCAGCCUGCUGCACGCGGACAGCAACGGCUACACAAACCUGCCCGAUGUGGUCCAGCCCAGCCACUCGCCCACCGAGAGCGGCAAAGGUCAAAGCCCCCCAUCCAAGGAGGGAGGCGGCGACUACCAGUCUCGUGGGCUGGUAAAGGCCCCUGGCAAGAGCUCGUUCACGAUGUUUGUGGACCUAGGGAUCUACCAGCCCGGAGGCAGUGGGGAUACCAUCCCCAUCACAGCCCUGGUCGGGGGAGAGGGCGGUCGGCUUGAUCAGCUCCAGUACGACGUGCGGAAAGGCUCCGUGGUCAACGUGAACCCCACCAACACCCGGGCCCACAGCGAGACCCCUGAGAUCCGGAAAUACAAGAAGCGAUUCAAUUCCGAGAUCCUCUGUGCGGCCCUUUGGGGCGUCAACCUGCUGGUGGGCACCGAGAACGGUCUGAUGCUGCUGGACCGAAGCGGGCAGGGCAAGGUGUACGGGCUCAUCGGGCGGCGGCGCUUCCAGCAAAUGGACGUGCUGGAGGGGCUCAACCUGCUCAUCACCAUCUCAGGGAAAAGGAACAAACUGCGGGUGUAUUACCUGUCCUGGCUCCGGAACAAGAUUCUGCACAACGAUCCGGAAGUGGAGAAGAAGCAGGGCUGGACCACCGUGGGCGACAUGGAGGGCUGCGGGCACUACCGCGUGGUGAAAUACGAGCGCAUUAAGUUCCUGGUCAUCGCCCUGAAGAGCUCCGUGGAGGUGUAUGCCUGGGCCCCCAAGCCCUACCACAAGUUCAUGGCCUUCAAGUCCUUCGCCGACCUCCCUCACCGCCCUCUGCUGGUCGACCUGACCGUGGAGGAGGGUCAGCGGCUCAAGGUCAUCUACGGCUCGAGUGCCGGUUUCCACGCUGUGGAUGUCGACUCGGGGAACAGCUACGACAUCUACAUCCCCGUGCAUGUAAGUUGGCGGGGCUUCGGGAGGAGCGCGACCGCCACCCCGGGCUCUGGACACGCGUGCGACGCAUGCUCUCGUCCCCAGAUCCAGAGCCAGAUCACGCCCCACGCCAUCAUCUUCCUCCCCAACACGGACGGCAUGGAGAUGCUCCUGUGCUACGAGGACGAGGGCGUGUACGUGAACACGUACGGGCGCAUCAUCAAGGACGUGGUGCUGCAGUGGGGAGAGAUGCCCACCUCUGUGGCCUACAUCUGCUCCAACCAGAUCAUGGGCUGGGGCGAGAAAGCCAUUGAGAUCCGCUCCGUGGAGACGGGCCACCUGGACGGCGUCUUCAUGCACAAACGAGCCCAGAGGCUUAAGUUCCUGUGUGAGCGGAACGACAAGGUGUUCUUUGCCUCUGUCCGCUCCGGGGGCAGCAGCCAGGUUUACUUCAUGACCCUGAAUCGGAACUGCAUCAUGAACUGGUGACGGGGCCCGGGCUGGGGCUGCCCCAGUGGACCCAGCUCUCCCCACUACAGCCAGACUCCCCAGGCCUCCCUUCUUUCCCCUCCCUGGGCUUUUGCUUUUUACUGGUUUGAUUCACUGGAGCCUGCUGGGAACGUGACCUCUGACCCCUGAUGCUUUUGUGAUCACGUGACCAUCCUCUUUCCCCGAUAGGUUCUCCCCCAAAACCUGUGCCUGUCCCAGCUUCUGGGGAGAGGCACAGCUUCCCCUCACCAGGAAUUGAGUGGGCCUAGCCCCACCCCCCUUUUCUCCAUUUCAGAGGAGAGCGCUGGGAGGGGUGCGCUCAGGCCCGGUCCCCCACUGCUGCUGACUGGGCAGGGCCCUGGGCCCCUUCAUUUGCACGUCAGGGGAGCCGGCUCCCCCCUUGAAUGUACCAGACCCUGGGGGGGGUCGCUGGGCCCUAGGUUUUGGGGGGGGGUCACCAGCCACUCCAGGGGCAGGGACCAUUUCCUCAUUUUCUGAAAGCACUUUAAUGAUUCCCCUCCCCCCAAACCCCAGGGAAUGGAGGGGGGACCCCGCCAGCCAAAACAUUUCCCCCUUUCCGACCCCAUUUCUUUCUAGCCUCUGUCCUUCCCUGGUGGCGGGAGGGAGCGGGGAGCUCUCACCCCCUCUGCACCCCCUUGCUUGCCUCUGUAUAUAGUGUGAGCAGCAAGUAGCCCCGCCCCCCCUCAAUGUAGUGGCCUUGGAUAUUCCGUUUGUUAAUAAAGACAAUUCAACCAGC